UGAAAGUCAGGCUUUCCUCAAUUGUGUUGACAGGAAAAGGAGGAAAAGCUUUUGGACAGCAUGACAGAAAAAGCUACAUAGCGCUUGAAUGUGCAAACUUACUUUGCGGUUAUUGCAUUUCCACCUGAACAGCAUCAGUUCUUGGUACCUCCAUCAGGCGCAUGUGAACGCCCCAACGCAGCAAUGCAGGAAGCUGAUCCAAACACCGCGCCUCGCGCUGGCUCCCCGGUCCGGAAGAGCACUUUUUCUGCCGCGCCUAGUCCCAGCCAGCUCCACAAACAGUACUGGGAUGGGGUCACCAAGAGGGCGGCAGCAGCAAAGCCGCCAAAGUCCCCACUACCCCCCUCAGGGAGCAAAGGUUUGCCAGGGACUCUGUCACCUCGGCGGGGGGUGUCGCCGCUGAGUGUGAAGGUGCCUGCCAAGAGCCCCCUGCAGGGAGUGGCGGCAAAUCUGGUGAAGGGGGCGCACAACAAUCCGCUGUUUGCUGAUGCGCAGCACACUCCAAAAGCUGCAGGUUGGAAGAGCAUCGCCACAACUGAGCACGCCUCAAAAGAGAACUCUGCCCCGGCAAAUCCCAGUCCGCGGCCCACUGACGCCUUUGGCAAAGCCAGUCCCAAACCCACCCUCAAAUCCCCCACAGACAAUCUCCUGAUUCCUCUGAGUAACCAAGGCCCUGCUUCAAGCGCAACCGCACCAGUAACCCUCACCCCUAACCCAGUCAAACCCGCCACUGACAGCCCACCCAAAGCGGACACGGUUAUCGGCAUUGCCUCAAACCAGGAGGUUAAGAAUCGGGUUGAUUAUGCACUGAACACCCCCCCCAACACCCCAGCCCAGGACGCCUCUCAUUCUGAGACCGCAAACCUGGUCAACGAUUACCCCAAUGCAGUUAGAGAUAACCCGGAAUACUCCCCGUCCAACAACCCCUUCUCCCCCCGCCCCGAGUUCCGCCGCCCGAGCCUCGCCCGCGGCGCGACACCUGGCAGGGCCCCAUUGGCCGCACAGCCCGACUGGACGUCCCUCCUGUCCGCCGUCCCCCCCCCUGAAUCCCCUGAGCCCAAGACCCCCCCGCAGUCAACAACCAUGACGUCCGUCUCCCUCGGGGGAUCCCCCCGCUUCAUCGAGGUCUUCCUCCAGCAGCCGGGGAGCGAGCGCGCCACCCCGCGCCGCCGCCUGCGCAUGUCCCCCGACGACGAGGAUGACGUCAUGCCGGGCCAGGACGACGUCAGCACGGAUGACGUCAGCACCCCCCACCCCGUGAAAUCGAGGGUGCGCCUAGUUCUGAAGCUGCUGUUGGCGACGGUGGUUUUCAUGGCGCUGGGGGGGCUGGAAAUGGACCCGGGUUGGGUCCCCCGGGAGCUAAAGGGGGCUGCGCUCGUGGGGCGGUGGGCACCCCGGGGGCUGUGGCACGGAACCCCGGGCGCUGGAAGGUACAGCGGCGAUACCUGGUUCUCAAACAACCUCUUCGUUACAGACGUUGACUGGCUAACCUCCGUCAAGCACUUCGUUCCCAGAGAGAUAAAUGAAGAGGGCGUGUCUGGACAGCCUGCUCACGAAUCCUCUGCUGAGGGUACCGCCACCGUCGAGGAAAUGAUCGCCGCCCCGCAGCUGCCAAUCAUCCGCUUGUCCUUCGACGAGUACGACGGACCGAACAACCUGGAUGAACUGGUGCCGGAGGAGGAACCGUCCUCUUCCGCUACCUUCGACGAGCCCGACCCGGACGCCGGAGAACCCGACGAGCGUGCUGACGUCAUCGAGACGGAGGACCCGGACAGCCUGGACUACGAGGAUGACGUCACCUGGGCGGCCGAACUUCCAGACGCGCACGCCGCGGUCAGCUCGAACGCCCAAUCCGCGGAUGCGGACGUCCGAAUCACCUCCUGGGACGCCGUCUCAGACGACGCAGAUGCGGUCCCGAGUGUGUAUGAGCGGCAGGUCCGUGAAGCUGCGCUGCUGGAAAUGGCCGACGUCGCCGUCCGCAGCUACACCUCCGCGUUCGCGGCCGCCCUGGCGCUCUUCGCCGUCUUCUCCCUCGCCGCCUUCGUCGGCGCCCACUUCUUCCCGGCGCCCACAGCAGGCCGGGAUGACGUCCGCGGGGCCAGUGAUGACGUCAGCCAGGAGGAGGAUGACGUCAUCCCGGCGGAGGUGACGACGCCCAUGUUCCUGCGGCAGGGGGUGCGCAUGGAGGAGCCGGUCGUGGUGACGCCCGCGAAUUCCGCGCUCGGGUCGCCGUUCGGACGGUACCAGGCGUUCGUACGCCACAUGAUCGGACAGAACACCGAGUCGCCCCAGCUCGUAUUGACCCCGGUGCAGAGGUCCCGCCGGCUGGCCGACAAGUUCCGGUCGGUGGCCGGAAGCCCCUCCCACCGCUUCACCAUCUCCCCGGCCUGAUGACGUCACCGCACGACCAGGAUCACAUCUUGUGACGUCAGGGAUAGGGGAAGUGUCGUAAUGGGUUGCACCGUUCGGUGUUAGAAAUGCUGGGAACCAGGUCGGGUCUAGGCCCCGUACGUUCACUCCGGCUGUAUAACUUGGGUGAAUCAGUUACACAAGUCGUUUUUCGGCGGGGAUGUACUUCCAAGUUAGACUGUCUGGCCCCUGGAAUACACAGUUGUAGGCAAGGGUUGUCGCCCCUUUCAUGGAGGUCUGCUAGGCUUCUUUUAAGACAGAGUCAGAGAUACUCAAAGUUACGUACAAUGUCCCACCAACACGAGGCCGUAUGUUGGUCUCUCUAUCAACGAUUGGAUUUGUCCUCGUCGGC